AUCAUCAUCAUCAUCCUCCUCGUCUCCCACGAGCUCUGGAAUGCACAGGUUCCUCGUGCCAACACAUGCGCCCAUUGUAACGUUAUCAAACCUCAGACCCUAUUUAUAAGCGCCGAUAAUCCCCAUUCAGAGCAGAGCAGACUGGCCAUCACCAUUAGCUGUCAGGAUGAGUGAAGAAGAGCAGACUAACGGGUCGCUGUCCAUCAGGAAACCGUCCCGGAUGCCGAAGUGCUCUCGCUGCAGAAACCACGGCUUCGUGUCACCGCUGAAGGGCCACAAACGCUUCUGUAAUUGGAGAGACUGCCAGUGUCAGAAAUGCAGACUCAUCGCCGAGAGACAGCGGGUCAUGGCUGCCCAGGUGGCGUUACGGAGGCAGCAGGCCCAAGAGGAGGAGAUGGGCAUCUGUAGCCCGAUUAACCUUUCCGGUUCAGACACUCUGGUGAAGAACGAGGCCGUGGGUGAAAACGUGUUUACUCUUAGCUCAGGACCGCCAUCACCCGCCAGCAGCAGUGCCACCGCCUCUCCAACCAACCUAGGCAGUCGCUCCAUGUUGUCUUUAAGUCCUGCAAUGUCCAGCAGAGGGCACACUGACUGCACAUCUGACCUAAUGGUGGACGCCUCCUAUUACAACCUUUACCAGCCCACUCCAUACUCCUCCUACUACAGCAACCUGUACAACUACCAACAGUAUCAGAUGCCUAGUGGAAAUGGCCGCCUGUCCAGCCAUAACGUGUCUCCUCAGUACCGCACACACUCCUACUAUUCAUCUUACCUGAGUCAGGGGCUCGGCGCCGCAUGUGUCCAACCAAGCACCUGCCCUGAGCCCAAAGCAGCAGCUUUCUCCGAUGGAGCUCAAGACUCUGUGUCCAUCAGCUCGAUGAUCAACGCUGAGAACAAGCUGGAGUGUGAAAGCAGUUCAGAGUCUGGAAGCUUCUCAGUCGACUCCAUCAUAGAGGGGGCCACCAAAUGAAAGACCAUCUCCAGCUGCCAGUUACAACAACUUGAAUUUUUUGUUAAAUGAGAAGUUACUGUUAUUUUCAGCCAAAUGUGUAAUGAUUCUGUAACCAACAUGUUUCCAAUAAUACUGAUCAGGUUGAUCACAGUGCUGUUUUUUUUCUCUUUUUAGGGGUCGUUCUAUAAGGUUUUGACUUUUAUUGUUAACUCGAUUGUUGUCAUCGAUGACAAGAAAUGCUGUUUACAUAGUUUACUAAUAUGUUUCACACAGUUUGAUAGCUUAGCUUUGUUCACUUUACUGCUGCAGAUUUUAAAGGUUAAAAUGAUUUACUUCCACUAUCUAGAAGAACACUAUUGAAAGAAAUGGCAGAGCAGAACGAUUUACUGUCGCACAUCAGUUGAAGCUCAAUAUUGCUGUCAUUGGCCUAAUGGAUAAUCUAACUUCCUUCCCGCGACCUUCAUGAUGCAAUCUAUAUGAGGGCUUUUCCAGCAUCUCCAUGCUGUUGUGGGACUAGUUGGGUUAGAAGAGAUACUAUUAAAUUAUGCUUCAAUCUCGCAGCGGAUGGCUUGUUUAUUUAUGGCCAUCACUAAAGGACAUCAUUUAACUUUUGAUGAUUUGCAUCUAGCCCGAUCCUAUACCCGAUCCAGCUAAUGUGCUCGACUCUUCCGAGCUUUCUUUGUAUAAUAUGGAGCUGUGCCCUUGAUUUUAAUGCUGUUGGCAGAGAUAGUGUCCUUAGUCGAGUCAUGAAUGAAUGGCAAAGGAGAAGAGGGACAAAAACUUUGUUUUCUUUCAGACUCUGUUUGUUGCAGGGGUUUGUAAUGACAGUGCAUUUAACUACAAAUGUGGCCAUGUUCAGUAUUUUGAAUGAAACAAAGUGUUAAAUGUUUUGGGAAGGCAUUCAAAGUGCAAUCUGUUUUUAAGUUUUGCAUUUGUUUUUAUAAUAGAGAGCUUUGUUUUUAAGAUUUGACAGUAAGUACUACUUUUGCACUUCUUUCUGUACUGGAACUCAGUAUUAUGUAGAUGGUUCACCAAAAAAAGAAAUGUGCUGUCAAUUUUCUCACUCUAAGGCCAAGAUGUAGGUUAAUCUUUCUUUGGCAUGAUUAAUUAGAUGCAAGUAAGUAGCUGUUGAUACUUUAAAAGUAAAAAAAAAAGACAAUUGGCUACUGACAAUACAUAGUUCUGUGGAAGAAAAAUACAUACAUUUACAUUGAUGGAACAUUAAGAACCACAGGUAAAAAUAUUUAGUCUUUCUAUGUAUUUGUCAAACUCUCCAAGUGCCAGUAGGCAUUGACUUGUAUUUAUGAUUCACUAAGUACCUGAGUCAUCUCGAAUAGCCUGAGUGUGAGCAAUUUAACAGUCAAUUUCUUUUUGGGGUGAAUUAUCACUUUAUUGUGUAGCAAGCCAAGACAAAAAUUAAUUCAUUCAUGUUUUUUUUCUAAAGAUAACUAAAAAUGUAAUUAGAAAAUGCACAUAUUCAACAGUUUGCACUGUUUAGUAAGACUAACAGUUAAUUAAUUUGUUCAUUUGUUUUCCACACUCUGGUUUUGUGUUAACUCACCCACUGUUUCACCGGUGAGCUCUCAUUCACCAACACCAUGCUGUUACAAAAAUUUUAUUUGUUAUCAUUACAAAACAAGACCAAAGCUAAUUUGCAAUGGUUGUGUGCUUAUCUUCUUAUGUUCAGUGGAAAUAAAAUCAUUAUUGAUGACUGAC